GAAAAUCCUAUAAAUGAGACGCAACCAAUGAUAAACUUGAACAAUAGUUCUGAAAUCACAGAUAGGUGUCUCCGCACGACUAAAACGCAUACGUUGCAGAAUGAAAUAUUACUUGGGCAUCAUUAUAUCGGUAUUUUGUGUGUGCAAGAGAUUUGCGGAGGCUGAACAAACUUACAUGGUAACAAAUGAUCGUUUCGAGCAUUACGACGGUCUGCAGAAAACUUUAUUUUAUGCGGAUAACAUGAAAGUUACCGGUCGUCAACGUAGCAUAAAUGGCACAAUGAAAUUUUUGGAAGAUAUGGGGAACGAACAAUUUAUGAUUAGUGUAGAAAUGUUCUCCGCUCAACAUGGUGAUGAUAAGUUGAGGCCUUUACCCAUGGGAGUGCCGCGUAUUCGUAUUUGCGAUGGUCUCAAAACCUAUUUUGUUCAAAUAGUGCAACCGUCUUUAGUACAAGGUGAGAAUACAGAUUUUCCUAAUAUACCUGAAGAGGGUUUGUGUCCCCUGCCGAAAGGGGAAUAUUACUUUAAGAAUUUGAUAUUAAACUCCGACACGUGGCCUACUCAAGUACCACGUGGCAUUUUAAAAACGAAAAUGACUUUUUUCAAAGACAGAAUUAAUGUAGGAGCAUGGUCACUGCAGAUGAAAGUGGAAGAUCGUAAGUGAAGCCAUUUUGCUUUAAAGAAAAAUGUAAAAACUAGAGAAUUUGAUUGAUUUACCAUUUACUUUUUAAAAAACCUUGUAAUAAAAAAAUUAGAGAAAAGAAAUAUUUAAAAUGGAAAAUAUAGCUCUAUACUUUUUAGGGGCAAUAAUUAGCCUGAUAAUAUCAUCCAAGCGAUUGAGCCUCAGUAGAUUAAUUUUUGGUCAUUGAGGCUCGCGCAAAGUCUCGUAGUUUACGAGUUGCGUAAAAGUAACUUGUAAUUUACAGUCGUUUCGAAAUACGGCACUCUCUGUAGAUUUGAUAAAAGAGUUCCUAAGUCAGAAUAAACAAAAAAUUUUUUAAAAAUCUGUCGAUAAUCUUUAUAUAUGCGGCUUCGAACGCAGAGCACUUCGAGCUGUGGUAGCGCACUCAACAUGUUGCUUCAGUGUUAUGAAUUCAGAUUUAUAUCUCUUAAUUAAAACAGUAUAUAAAUUAAGCAUGUUUCACCUUGUUCAGAUAUUAUCUGAGAUUUUUACAACAUUUCGAAAAUCCUAUAAAUGACACGCAGCCAACGACAAACUUCAACAAUAGUUCUAAAUUCACAGAUACAUAGGCAUCCUCACGACUAAAUCGCAUACGUUGCAGAAUGAAAUAUUACUUGGGCAUCAUUUUAACGGUAUUUAGUGUGUGCAUGAAAUUUGCGGAGGCUGACCAAACUUACACGGUGACAAGUGAGCGUUUCGAGCAUUAUGAUGGCCUGCAGGAAACACUAUUUUAUGCGGGUAACGCUAAAAUUAUCGGUCGUCAACGUAGCUUAAAUGGAACUUUGAAGUUUUUGGAAGAUAUGGACAACGAACAAUUUAUGAUUAGUGUAGAAAUUUUCUCAGCUCAACAAGGUGAUGAAAAUUUGAAGCUUUUACCUUUAGGCGUGCCGCGUAUUCCCAUUUGCGAUGGUUUCAAAACCUAUUUCGCUCGUGUGAUACAACCGUCAUUUAUACAUGGUGAGAACACAGAUUUCCCUUACAUACCUGAAGACGGUUUGUGUCCCGUGCCGAAAGGUGAAUAUUACUUUAAAAAUAUAUCAUUAAACACCGACACGUGGCCAACUCAUGUACCACUUGGCACUAUAAAAGCGAAAAUGAAUUUUUUCAAAGAUGGUAUUAAUGUUGGCGGAGGGUCACUGCAGAUGAAAGUGGAAGAGCGAAAGUGAAGCUAUUUAGUUUUGAAAAAAAAUGUAGGAAAGAAAGAACUUGAUGAUAUCCAAAAUAUUAUUGAAAAAACUGGUAAUAAACAAUACGUGUAAAGCAAUA